ACGUUUUAUGACAAAAUAGCAAUAAACCUGAUGACAAAGUUGUCACUUCCUUGAGGACAUCAAGGACCAUCUCCUUCAGCCAUCUUUAUACUUAUUGCAAUAUUCUGGGCGUGUAUUCAAUAAGAUGUCGUUCGGAAAGUCCUUUGGUCCCACAGGGACUCCAGCAGUUAUUAUUGACUGUGGAACUGGGUACACAAAGAUGGGGUAUGCCGGUAACACAGAACCACAGUUCAUUGUGCCGUCAGCCAUUGCUGUAAAAGAAUCUGCAUCAGUGGGAGAUAAAGCUAUACAACGUCUUGGUAAAGGGGUGGAGGACCUCGAUUUCUUUAUUGGAGAUGAAGCUUUGAAUGCAACAUCAUACAGUGUAAAGUGGCCAGUUAGACAUGGUAUAAUUGAAGACUGGGAUUUAAUGGAACGAUAUAUGGAACAAGUGAUAUUUAAAUACCUCAGAGCUGAACCAGAGGAUCAUUAUUUUUUACUGACAGAACCGCCACUUAACACACCAGAAAAUAGAGAAUACACAGCUGAAAUAAUGUUUGAAUCUUUCAAUGUACCUGGAUUGUAUAUUGCUGUACAGGCUGUGUUAGCGUUGGCUGCUUCGUGGACAUCACGACAAGUAGGGGAAAGAACUCUAACAGGAACAGUGAUAGAUUCUGGGGAUGGUGUUACCCAUGUUAUUCCAGUAGCUGAAGGAUAUGUGAUAGGUAGUUGUAUUAAACACAUUCCCAUUGCUGGGAGAGAUAUAACAUAUUUUAUUCAGCAGUUAUUACGAGAAAGAGAAGUUGGCAUUCCACCAGAACAAUCAUUAGAAACAGCAAAAGCAAUAAAAGAAAGAUUUUCAUAUGUGUGUCCAGACAUAGCUAAAGAAUUUGCCAAAUAUGAUGCAGAUCCAUCAAAAUGGAUGAAGAAAUUUGAAGGCAUGAAUAGUAUAACCAGACAAAAGUUUGCUGUAGAUGUAGGCUAUGAAAGAUUCCUUGGUCCAGAAAUUUUCUUCCAUCCAGAGUUUUCAAAUCCAGACUUUAUAACACCUAUCUCAGAAGUUGUAGAUACAGUUAUACAGAAUUGUCCUAUAGAUGUCCGCAGAGGUCUUUAUAAGAAUGUAGUUCUAUCUGGAGGAUCAACAAUGUUUAAAGAUUUCGGUAGAAAAAUGCAGCGUGAUGUGAAGAGAGUCGUAGACGCAAGAUUAAAAAUUAGUGAAGAAUUAAGUCAAGGUAGAAUUAAGCCAAAACCAAUAGAUGUACAAGUGAUCACACAUCAUAUGCAGAGAUAUGCUGUAUGGUUUGGUGGUAGUAUGCUGGCAUCUACACCUGAAUUUUACAAAGUAUGUCACACAAAGGCAGAUUAUGAUGAGUAUGGACCAAGCAUUUGUAGACAUAAUCCAGUGUUUGGUACAAUGCAAUAACGUACAAACUGAUACUAGGACUAUUUUUAAAAUUGGACUGUAAUUGGAUGAAACUUUUGCUGGAUUCUUUAUUCAAAUUGAGUUUACAAAAAACCAUUGCUAGACAUUUGGAAAUUCUGCUUCAUAAAACACCAUGUCAACCAGUAGGACUUAUUUGGAAGUGAAAAUCAUCUUAUUUUUAAGUGGAAAUCAGUUACCGUUGAGUGAAUGUGAUAUGAUUAAACAUUGUUGAAAUGUUAUGCCAACAUAUUCAGAUUGGGGGAAUAUAUUAAUAUAUGCAUAUAUAUUUAAAGCUCAACUGGGAAUUAGAAAGUUAUCUAUGGAUGUUAGAAUUUUUGACCAUUUAAAAAUGAUUUAUCUGGAAUUACUGUAUAAGUUUAUCAGACUUUGAAGGAUCAAGAGUAUUUUUUCCAUUCGAAGUUUAAAAAUGUAAUGAUUGUUUUUCUUUUUUCUUUUAUUAUAUUCAGUAAUAAGUGGAAACUUUAUACACUAACAUUGUCAAAACAAAGAAUCAAGGAUUGAGAAAAGUUCAAAUUAAUUUAAUAUUGUCUAAGCAAGGGAACAAAUUUAAUUGGUGCAGAUUAUAACAAUGUGCUUUCUUUUUUUUACAACCAGUAAUUGUGUAGUGUAUUGUGGAUUCAUUUAUUGUCAAAGGGUACCAGUGAUAUCGUGGCGUGAAGAAAAAAAUAAUUUUUUUAAUUUUCCAUUUUACAGAUGUCUAAAUUUUUUUCGUCAAGAAACUGACAUGAAUAUUCAUGAAUCUACGAUAUUGCCUGGUUAUUGAUGAUAUUACAGCAAAGAGGUUUCUAAUCGAAGGUGGAGCCUUAAUAUUUUGGUGCCUCUUUUUUUCCAUGUAUGUUUGAACUUGUGUGACAGGAAUGAAUGAUUUUGGUCAUGUCUGUUUUUAUGCAAGAGGUCAAAGGUUAAUAUAUAUAUUUACAUUCUGAUCAGUUUUUCCGUGAAAUUUUUUAUGAUUAAUGUAACUGGAGUAAUGAAAGAUCAUGUUUCAAAAUGUUUUUGAACAAAUAUGAAGAAGAUGCCAUUGAUAUUUUUCAUAGAAAGUGAUUAUAUAAGAAUCAUGUCUUCUUAUACUGUUGAUGUUUUUACACAUACAUGUAAAAGAACAUUUUUGAUAUUUUUUAUUGAAUUGGAUAGAGGAACCAGUGUAAAACCAGUCAAUCAAAGCCUCUUUCAUGCAUCAGCGAUUUAAUGAAAUUAAUGUUCAUGUACAAAUGAUGUACUUUACAUACAAAUUGAAAUUAAAUCCUGGAGCCAAAUUGAAUAUCUAUUGUAUAACAUUGUGAUCAUAAUUCUGUGUACUGUAUUUAUUUCUGUAUAAACUGUGAUUUAUAAGAAAUUAUCCUUUAAGUUGAUUAGCAUAUAACACUGAACUCUCUUAUUAACAUUGUCAAGUAACUAAAUAAAAAUUCUGGUUAAAAAAUAGCUAUUCCAAAUAAGACUAAACUGUAUAAUGAAUGUAUAGAAAAUGCUUUCAGCCAUGGUGCUAUUUAUAAAAAGAUAGAAUAUAUGUGCAGUGUUGAAUGCUUCGUGCAUAGAUGGGUUUUAUUACUGGACUUGCUUUGUAUGAUUCUGAUAAUACUUAAAUACAUGUACCAUACAACACAAAAUGUAACUGUUACUGGAGAAAAUAGGUCCUUUUGUCUACAAGGAUAAAGUCAAAAUAUUAUUUGUUUCCCCAAGCCCAAUUUUCCUACUUGUAUGUGGAUAGGACUUUUUUCUCUCCUCAAAAAUAUGUUACAAAUUUCAUGAUAAAGAAAUGAGUUAAAUGCAAUAUUUCAAAAAAUUGUCUGUGAGUUAGGCCUUUCAUUAUACAAUGUAAAAGUGUUAAGAAUUCAAUUAACACCUUAUCUGGUAUUUUCCAGCAUGAAUAAAGUUGGUUUUCUCAAGUACGAAAUAUAAUGGGAUGACCAAUAUUGACAUGAUAUGGAUACUUUAGCCUACAAGUAUACACACAGACUACACCACUGCCUUUUACUGCCAAAAUUAAAUAAAUCUAGAUGUCAAAAAUAAAUCUUGGCAAAUUUUGGAGUAGCAGCAAUUUUUUGUGAGAUUGGUUUGGAGAAAUAAAUAUUUUUAUUUUAGAUACAAAUUUUGAAGACAAUUUCCAUACUCGAACAUGUUUAGAUUUUUGGAAGUGCUAAAUUGUUAGAAAAUAAAGGAAAAUGGUUACCUGCUUCUUUGUAUGAUAAAUUGGCAUUUACAGUAACAUAAGUUUUAUUUUUCACAUUUUUUACAAUUUUUACGGAUCAUUUAUUGCCUGAAAAGAAAUUAUAAUCACUCAUAUUGAUCAGAGCAAAAAAUAACUUGAAAAAAAUGUUUUAUCAAGUGCUUUGUGUAAAGAAGUAAGCAUGCAAUUAGGAUACUAUUCAGUCUACGUUUUACAAGUGAUGCAUUUAGAACCACGAAAAAAGCAUUUUAUCUUGGAAAUACAUACUCAUGUACACAUUCAAAGUAAAGUGUAUAUUUUUUAUGGGUUGUCAAACUCAAAUACAUAUUAUGUAACAGAAAAAUGUUUGCUUGUUAUUUAAGAGGAGUCAGGAUUAUGCAAUUUUAUAUAUAAAAAAAUAAUUGUAAAAAUGAAAUUAUGAUGUAAUUAUAUUAAACUUUUUAAUUAAAACCAUAAAAUAUUUAUAAA